AUGAUGGAAGACUCAAACCUUGAUACAGAUGGGGAUAAAUAUUUAUGUUAUUUUUUAGAAACUACACCUAAAAAAUGGUCUUGGGUUGGGUUUCUCAAGUACCUUGAUAAUAAUUCCCUUUCGAAAGGAGAAAAUUCUGAUAAUGGAAUGUACUGCAUCUAUUUGAGACGAUUGUCAAGUAAUGCAAAUUUAUCUAAACUUAUUCAAGACACUGCUGCAAAAAAAAAUUCAGAUGUUCAAAUUAAAAUCAGGAAAACUGAUCUGGACUUAUUAUUAUGUGUUGACACAUUGGGUUUUAGGAAACAACGUCAAAAUGCUCAAAAAUAUUGGAAAGAAAGACUUGGAAAAGAAAAUAAAUGUGAUGUAAUAGAAAUAUUUGAAUGCGACAUUCUCUAUAAACGGCGUAUAUUGUUUUUGAAUGGUAAUGAGCUUGACUUUGUUACUCAAGAAAUUAUUGAAAAUGAAAAAAGGAUAGGGAUUCCAGCUCUUCCAUCCCGAAUAAAAAAUUUAAUACAUAAUCUAAAUGCAUUAAAUGAAUAUGGUUCUUGGAAAGAUUUGGAAAACUUCUGA